CCCGACGCACCUCAGCGCCGCGCAGGUACCUGCGGACCCACAGCAGGAAGUGCGAGGCGCGCAGGCGCCGGUGGGCGGGGGCCGGCCGCGCGCAGGCGCCGCGAGCGGGCCGGGCCGAGCUGGGUUCUGCAUUUCAGGUGACCUGCGGAGAAAUAAAAUGCGUGAUAAGGCGUAGCGACAGUGUUUAUAGGAAAGGGGUCGGAGCGGGGCGUGUGUGCUAAACAUGGAGGAAGAUGAAGAGGAAGACUACAUGUCUGAUUCAUUUAUUAAACAGGACGUAAGGCCAGGCUUGCCCAUGGCGAGGCGGAUGAAGCAAGCUAUUCAGAAAGAAGAAAAGCAAAAAGAAGCCAAUGAGAAGAACAGACAAAAGAGUAUAAAAGAAGAAGAAAAAGAGAGGCGUGACUUGGUAUUGAAAAGUGCAUUGGGCAGUGAGAACAAAGGCUUUGCUUUGCUCCAGAAGAUGGGCUACAAGAGCGGCCAGGCCCUUGGCAAAAGCGGCGAAGGCAUUGUUGAACCUAUUCCUCUGAACAUUAAAACAGGUAGAAGUGGGCUUGGUCAUGAGGAAUUAAAAAAGCGAAAAGCUGAAGAAAAACUGGAAAACUAUAGGCAAAAACUCCAUAUGAAAAUACAAGCAAACGAGCAAGCUGCAGAUCAGUUCAGAAUACGAUUCAAAAACAAACAAGAAGAACGUAAGAUGGAAGGGGACCUUAGAAAAAGCCAGAGGGCCUGCCAGCAAUUAGAUGCGCAAAAAGCUAUUGAUGUUCCCAAGGAGACUUGGUAUUGGCUAGAACCAGAAGAGGAAGACAAAAAGGAUGAGGAAGACAAGGAAGAUGAAUGCACAAGCUCAGAAUUAAGUGUAUCAGAAAAGCUACACAUCCUGACUGCCUAUUUGAGAGAAGAACACUUCUAUUGCAUUUGGUGUGGAACAACCUAUGAAGACUCUGAAGAUUUAUCUUCAAACUGCCCUGGAGACAGUGCUGCAGAUCACGACUAAAGCCUUUUUGAAGGAAGGAUUCCUAGAUAAGUAUGUAUAGUACAUAACAUCUUUUAGAAGGUUUGGAUCUGUGCUGUACUGAAAAAUUCACACCGAAGUAUGCAGAAGAUUAAAAAAAAUCACAUUUUGAAGCAUCUUAUGGAUUUUCUGCUUGAUGCACAGUUUAAUAAGAAUUAAAACCUUGAAUUUAUAACUGAACUACCAUAAUUGAGAGGCAGGUUAGGCCUUCCACAGUCUCUGGUUAUGCUCUGCACAACUGAACCAUCAGCUGAUUCAGGUUUGAGGAAGGGAAUAAAUAUUGGUUAAUUACUAUGUUGUAUAAUGUGUUAAAUAGUGUUGGUUGGUUGUUUUUUUUCAGUUUUACAGACAUGACUAAACAUCAGACUUUUUUCCCUUCCUUAGACCUGGUGAGGAAAAAAAGCUUGUGAAACAUUACAGUGAUGUUAUUUGAACCAGUAUUCUCUUGUAUGUAAAGGUGCAUAUUUUUUAUAAUUAAAUAGUAACAGACCA